AUGCGCACACUUUGCUUCGUUCUUCUUCUUAUUUCAACUGUUCUGGUAACGGACACCGUUACAAUGGAGAUUCAAAGAGACAAACGCCAAGUAUCCCAACCAGUACCCCAACCUGUACCCCAACCAAUACCCCCAUCCCGUGGACCUAUAAUUGGAGGACAAGCUGGCGUGCGCCCAGAUCUAAGACGUCCAACUCCACUCAUCGGAGGCCAAGCCGGCGUAAGACCAGACUUGAGACGUCCACAAUGAGCUCCUAUGCUGGGACAUGGUGUUGACCACCCAGCAUUGAAGAACAACCCAAAUUACUUUGCAAACUAAAAUCUAAUUCAUUUGAUUUGUAACACCCUUCACUUUGUGUGCUUUAGUUUCGCAAGAAAUAUUUCUGGAGUAUUAUUGGAUAAUCAAAGCACAACGACGGAUAGAAGUUUUUAGCAACUAAUAAGUUAUGCGAUUGAUGACACCCAUAAACUUGCGUUCGUAUGUUUAUGCUUUAUGCCCACAUUUACCAGUUGUCUAUGCAGUCAUUUUCUUUCAUAUAAUAAAGCAAAAAAA